UGCCAACCAUAUUAAUAAAGUCGAAAGUCCUGUGUAAAAAAAAUCAACAACAAAAAUACCGGUCGCAGCACCGCUCCCUUCCUAGGGCGCAUUGGAAGUUGGAAUAAAACCGAUCGCGCGUUCGAAAUUCAAACAGUCUUGCGGCAAUCGUUGAAGAAUUUAGGUGUGUGUUCAAAGUGAUUAAAAUACAACGAAAGUUUUGUUGGAUUUUGUUAUUUGGUGACAACAAAAUGGCGAUCUCACUGAUGAGACUGGGUAUCCGGUCUGUGGCGAUGAAUAUGGAAAGGAGUGCAGCUUUAGUGUCUACCAGUGUCAAUAAUCAAUAUAAGUUAAUCCACACAAAACCAGUUUGCAACGGCAGCGUGUGCUUCCUCCAGGAGUCUCGGGAUGAGUUGGUGGAGAGAGUCGGCGGCGCGCUGCGGCGGUACAGCAAGCAGCACGGCCGGCCGGAGCAGGACAGGAGGAAACAAGACAGCGACAGCGAAUCUGACUCCGACACAGAGUGCAAGGGGAUGGAGAGGUCUGAUUUCUGGCGCCGCAAGAUGCGCACAGUGCACAACAUCCUGGACGUAGACAAGGACGGACUGAUCUCUUUCAACGACUUCGUGCUCUUCUCGGAGAGGUUCAAAGCCCUGGGGCAUCUGGGCGAGAGUCAGGCUAAGGAGUUCACGGAAAUCAUCAAGAUGACGUGGGAGGAGCAAUGGGGGGCCAUUGACCCCUACAACUACGUCACGGUGGAGCAGUACCUGGAGGACAUGCAUCACGUCCUCAACGACAAGACGCUGAAGAAGAAGGCGCACCGCUGGUUGCCCUAUCUGUUCAAGGCGGUAGACAAGGACAAGUCGGGUUUCAUCACGAUCAAGGAGUUCAAGCUGUUCUUCCAAUGUCUGGGUUUGGACAACGAGCACGCGGCAGUCGCCUUCGCGGUCAUAGACCAAAAUGGCGACGGAAAAUUGUCCAUGAACGAGUUCGUGAAGCUUGGUAAAGACUUCUUCUUCACUGAAGACGAGUCCAAGGUGUCCAAAAUGUUUUGGGGGCCUCUCUCUGAAGUUUAACUGAGUAAUGUGAUUCAAGAUGUAUAGAAUUAAUGAUAUGUUAUGGCAGCCGUUUCUUCUUCGAUUAUAAGUCAUUUCAGUCUUCGUUAUACGUUUAUAAGUUUAUAAGUCUGUAGUUAAUCAAGAAGAAACACUAAUAGACAUCUGAAACAGACUGAGAUAUUUCAAAAUAAAGGUCAUGGCCGACAGUUGUACCGCAGCGCUCCUACCCAGCAAGAUGACGUUCAUUGGAAAUUGAGCUUUAAACCGUACUUCGUAGACUUACUUUACAAUGACAACAAUAUAGCGGACUGCCCACUGCCAGCUCUCGUGUUGUCAAAGUAAAAUAUAUCUACAGACGACGAUUUAAAGUAGAUUUUUCGAUGAACGUCAUCUUGCCGGGUGGGGGCGGUGCGGUACAUCUGUGUGUAUGACCUAGGUUAUAAAGUUUUAAUCAAUCAAGUUUAACAAGGUGAUAAUUUUGUAUGACUUCCAACCAGAAUUUUGAUUAAUUAUAACUGUAACUGUGGCUAAGUUAAUUAUGACUGUAUUUUUUUUUACAAAAAAUGCGAAAGAUGCUGUUUAGGUUAGGCUUAUUUUAGGAACUUAGUUAGUUUAUUUUAACAAUUAACAAAUUUUUCAAUCAAGAAAUUAAAAGUGUUCACUUUUAUUCCAUUGAUAAUUUACUUAAAAAUGUAAACAUUCAUUAUUGAAUGUAAAAAAAAAUUGAGGAGUCUCAAUAAAAAGUGAAAUUAUUA